AACUCGUUCUCUCUCUCUAUCCCUUUCCCUGACUCAACAUCUUCACGCGUCUCUGUACUAUAUUUCCAUGUUCAGAUCCUUCCUCCUCACUGAUUACAGUUUUCGCAUCGAGAAAAUCGUGGGCUUUGAGUUCCUUAACCCUGUCUUACUUUUUCUGGGGUUUUAAGGAAGCUCGAUUUCCUUUGAAUUCUACCUGGCUUAUAUCAUACAAACCGAAACUGGGCGGCUCUGCUUCUUCUUGAUUUAGAAAUGGUGGUUCGCGAGACCUGCUUCCUGAAUUCUCUUUGAAUUGGGUUUUAGUUUUUUCAUAUUGCGAAGGUUGAGGCCUAUCUAUGCCCUUUUUGUUCUUGGGUUGUGGUUUCUUUACCACGCCCGUCUGAGGACAUUUAUUGUUCUGGAUCUUCUUUAGAUCUGGAAUCCAGAUUAGGUAAUCAGUCUUUUGAGCUGUGCACUGGCGUGACGUUUCGAUUUGUUCGGAAAUCUGAAUCAAAUAAGAACCGUGAGUAACAUGAUUAGUGGAGGUGAUGCUCCAAAAAUGCCCAAAGGUCGGCGGUCCAUGUUUGCAGUUGAAGAAGCAAGUUGCAAAGGUGAGGUUGGAGGAGACAUACCUCUGAAGAAAGGCCCUUGGACAGCAGCAGAGGAUGCAAUUUUAAUAGAUUAUGUCAAAAAACAUGGAGAAGGAAAUUGGAAUGCAGUCCAAAAGCACUCAGGCCUUGCCCGCUGUGGAAAAAGCUGCCGUUUACGAUGGGCAAAUCACUUGAGGCCAGAAUUAAAAAAGGGUGCAUUUACUGAAGAGGAGGAGCGUCGAAUCAUUGAGCUCCAUGCUAGGAUGGGAAACAAAUGGGCUCGAAUGGCAACAGAGUUGCCUGGACGUACAGAUAAUGAGAUAAAGAAUUACUGGAACACUAGAAUUAAGAGACUGCAACGAGCUGGAUUACCAAUUUAUCCUCCUGACAUAUGCCAGCGGGUACGCAGUCAAGAAAAUCCAAAUAUGAGUACUUUGAUGAGUGGAGCCAGCCAACACUCUGAUAUCCCGCAAGGAGGCAACUUCAAAGUCCCAGAACUGGAUUUCAAAGAAUAUGAUUUCAGUCGGAGUUAUCUCCCAUAUGGUCCAUCUAUUUUAGAUAUUCCUGACAGCAGUCUGUUUGAACAAACUGUAGGCCCACCACAUAGUGAUGUUAUGUUGUUCGGAAACCCUCCGAAACGCCUUAGGGAGUCAGAUAUGCUUUAUAAUAGAUUGGACAAUAGUAGCAGCUGUAUGAUCCCAGUGUUUGAUAAGUUUGUGGAUUAUACUGCUGAGCCACCUCCUGUUUUGCCGUCUCCAGGCAAUCUGUCCCUUGACACCAAUGAUCCGUUUCAUGGUGAUAAUCUUCAUGGCAGCCAUGCCGCUUUAAAUGGCACUAUCUCUUCUUCAGCGCCCAUAUCUGAGGCAAUGAAGUUGGAGCUCCCUUCACUCCAAUAUUUAGAAACUCAACAAGGUAGCUGGGAUGCAAAUGCAUCCCCACUUCCUUCACUUGAGUCCGUUGAUACAUUGUUUCAGUCUUCUCCUGUUGAACAAUACCAGUCAUGUACUGUUACUCCAGAUAGUAGUGGUUUGUUAGAAUCAAUAAUCUACGACACCAAGCUUCCCAAGGGCCCAUACAAUGAUUCGUUGUGGAAGACUCCUGAUGACUGCAUACUGAAUAUGGCUAAAACUGAGACAGAAUGGGACCACCAUGGGGAUACAAAUUCACCCUUAGGUCACUCUUCUGCCUCAGUUCUUACAGAUUAUACUCCUCCUGUUAGCUUCUGCUCAGUUGAUGAACCCAACUUCAUUGAACAUGCAAAAGCAGGUCUUGAAAUGAAGCAGGAAGUAAUUUCACAGGGUCCACCUAACGUUUCUCAAAGGAAAGAAACUUCUAGUCAGAUAGACAUAACAAGGCCAGAUGCUUUGCUUGACAUGUGUUGGUUCGGCAAUGACACCAGUUACCGCUAAGAAAGUUGGCAAUCUUGAUUUGUGCUUAGGUCUUUAUAAUUUGGUCUUUGUUAAUGAGGUGCCUUCACUUGUUUGUACAUUUGCUAUCAGCGGUUAGACUAGUCUUAAGAAAUUCUGUUACCUUCAGAGGCUACAGUUAUGACAGACCAGAGCCGUUAACAUCAGAUAAUCUCAGUUCAAUAACGGUUUGAAGAUGCUGCUGCGGAUAUGUUGGGACAAUGGGAUUUGAGAAUUUCUUAUAUCAGAUAACCUGACCUCAUCAAAUGUUUGAAGAUGCUGCAGGUGAUGUUUCAAGAGUGGAUUUUGGCAAAACUUUUGUAUCAGAUAACCUGACUUCAUCAACUUGAUUUGAACAUGAUGCUGCUGAUGCUGGAAGAAUGGGAUUUGUAUAUGUUUUAGGUGCAUCUGAAAUGUUCAUGAUAUUUGAUCUCAAAAUUGGACUCAGUUGUUCAGCCUUCAUUGAAGAUUGUGUACUUUCUUUUUCUUUUUCUUUUUAAAUUUCUUUUUAAAUCAUUUCUGUAUUCAUGUUGUGUUGGACAUGUCAAUUGAAAAUGUUAAAAUUUCAUGCUCCAAUUUUAAUGGAUGAUUCAA